AUUUGCGACAUUUCUCCACACUGUUGAGCGUUUACGGCAGUGCACGCUCACACGUGUUGGAGUCGCAUGGAAGUCCGCUGCAGCGGGUGGAAGGGAAGCCAGUCGGUCACAUUUAGGAUUUGAGGAGAAUGUCGUUCAGAGGAGGAGGACGAGGUGGUGGAAGAGGGGGAGGUUUUAACCGAGGCGGUGGAGGUUUUAACCGUGGUGGUGGAGGAGGACGAGGCGGAGGAGGAUUCGGUGGAAGAGGAGGUGGUGGAGGAUUUGGACGAGGUGGUGGAAGAGGAGGUUUUAAUAGACAACAAGAUUAUGGUCCUCCUGAGUAUGUUGUUGCACUGGGAGAGUUCAUGCAUCCAUGUGAAGAUGACAUCGUCUGUAAGUGCACAACAGAGGAAAACAAGGUUCCCUACUUCAAUGCCCCAGUGUACCUGGAAAACAAGGAGCAGAUCGGGAAAGUGGAUGAGAUAUUUGGCCAACUCAGAGACUUUUAUUUUUCAGUAAAACUUUCUGAAAAUAUGAAGGCAUCUUCAUUCAAGAAACUACAAAAGUUUUAUAUAGAUCCAAUGAAGCUUCUACCGCUGCAGAGGUUCCUCCCGAGGCCGCCAGGAGAAAAGGGGCCACCAAGAGGAGGAAGAGGAGGGGGUAGAGGUGGUGGAAGGGGCGGUGGUCGUGGAGGCGGUUUUCGAGGAGGCAGGGGUGGUGGUGGCCGUGGUGGUGGUGGAGGCGGCUUCAGAGGAAGAGGUGGUUUUGGUGGUCGUGGAUUCAGAGGUGGGAGAUGAUCUGACUUUGAUGGGCUGCUGUGACUGUCACGUCCUCAUCCUCACCCCGUCAUAGCUAAAAGGCUAUGAUUUGUGUAAGAUCCUGGCCUGCUGGACUCAUAUGAACAUUGUCUCCAUCUGUAGAACCGGAAUGGAUUUUCUUGUUUUAUUUUUUAAUUUUUGUUUUCUUCCAGUUCUGGAAGAUCGAUGGAUCAAGAUUUUUUUUGUUUGUUUUAAAUUUAAAAGGUUCUUAUGAAUAUUUAAGUGCAACAUAGCGGUGACCUUUUCAUCUUAUUAGUGAGGAUCAUUGUAUCCAGUUGUGAAAUUUCAUGUUUGACAGGUGUUUGAAGAUAUUUGCAAACCUCUAUGUACUAAUUUCUUCACAUUCAUAUGGGGACAUGUGCAGGAGGUCAGACUUUUUUCAGCUGAAAACAUUUUGAUAAUUUGUAAUAUCUUAAGGAAAAGAGUUGCCUUUUCUGUCAAAUGCCUCAAUAAAAAGGUGUUUUGUAA